UGAUUUAGCAGUGAUAUGGUGUAGAAAACCCCGACCCUCUGUCUGGACGACAUUCUUCUCUCAAUGCACAACCGACGACGAAGUGAACUCACAUUGCUAGGAAAAUCCUUUCAGGAUGGCCGUAUAACAGAACCGCGGAUUGCAUUGGCAACCGCUGCACUUCACACCAUGGAUUCGCAAAAUGGCUUUAUCAUACCAAGUAUAAUCUUGGCCCCAACGGAAACGGACUUCGACAGAACUGAGCUUGAACGUGAACCCGAACGUCAGCUUUUCUUCCCUGUCUUCAGAAUAAAAACGACGAGCGAUGAGUCUGAGCAUGAGCCUGUACAGCGACGAGCUGUCCCUGCUGAGCGGGGACCUGCUCCCCAACGACGUCUUCUCGCCGAUCAAAGGUAGUGGCCAACCUGAAGCCACCGGGAGCAACACAGGAGCCGCCGCGGGAGGCAGUCAACUCCAGCCCGACGGCAUCGGUCUCACGGGCCCCCUGGAUCUGCCUCCUCUUGGUGAUGAGCCUUUCCCUGAAGCGGAUUGGAUGACAGAAUUCAACCUGUUGGAGUCUCUCAUCGAGAAGACGGCGCAGGACAUGAACAUGCCCAACCCGACAGCCCUGUUGGACAGCAUGUCCGUGGGCCCCUUCAGCCUGGAGUCCGCAUUUGGCAUGGACCUGGUGGAGGAGAAGCCCCUGACAGAGUUUGGGAUCGGGAGCCCCCUGCUGACCUCCGGGCCAGGUGAGCUGCUCCCUCUGUUGGCCGACGUGAAGGAAGAGCCCAGCCCAUUCCCCGCCCCCAUGAGCUAUUCCAACCUGACUCCAGUGGCCACCACCCUGAGCGGAGCAGACUUCCUCACCACGUCUGUAGCGUCCAGCACCGUGUCCACCCCUCCGGUGUCUGCGCCUUCGUCCCCAACCCAGCAGAGUUUCGCCUCCACUGAGCUGCUUGCAAAGCUUUUGGUUGAACCCAUCAGUGAGCCGACCCCACCAUCCAGCCCUGAGUCCUACCAGUCCACGCCCGCGUCAAGUCCCGCCAGCCGCAAACGUCACGCAUCAAGUGUGUCUGAUGUUUCAUCCGUCGGGCAGCCCGAGGCCAAGAAGCCACGCAGCCCGCGUACGAAGAGCGCAGCUCGCACUUCAGCCUGCCCCCGGCAGAAGAAAGAGAAGAAGCGGGACCAGAACAAGAACGCAGCUACGCGCUACCGUGAGAAGAAACGCUCUGAGCAGCAGACCCUGCUCUCACAGCACGAAGGUCUGGAGAAGCGCAAUGCUGAGCUAAAGGAAAAAGUUGAUCAAAUGACGAGGGAAAUAAAGUACCUCAAGGACCUCAUGUCUGAGGUGUAUGUCCUAAAGGGUCAAAUGUAGAAAUGGAGUGAACAAGGACUGACUUUUCAACUAAGUUUGCUUCAACAACUUUUGUUAUGUACUGUCCCUUUAGCUCUGAGAGAAGACUUUUUGUUGGUCUUUAAUGUGAUAAAGUUACAUUACACAAGAACUUUUUUGUUCAUAGCUUGAUGUGCUUAAGAUAUUUACACCUGUGUAUCAAGUGGCCAGACAUUAGUUUUUCGGCCACACAGGUGAUAUGGUGUGUUUCAUUGUUACGUCUUGUACUAGGGACCCAGUAGGGGAGGUGUUUAAAAAGUAAAAUCUAUGUUAUGUCCUACUUAUUCUGACAAAGUAAAAGGGUGAACUUAUUUAAAGUGGGAAAGUUGUAGAAACUGGUGUUGUCUUAUUUUUGUAUGCGUAACCCCCUUUUCCAUUGUAAAUAACAUUCCAGUCAAAGAGCUGUCUGUAUGUUGUAAGCUACUUGAUUUCUCUGUAGAAAUGCUUAUGAUUCCUUAUAUGUCCCUUUUGGUCCAAUAGAAAUUUCUUAGCACACUUAAAUAAAUAUCCUUAGAUCUUGCA